AUGGCUUUCACGGGCAGAUAUGAAGUGGAAAGUGAAGACAACUAUGAUGCCUUUGUGAAGUGUAUUGGUAUCCCCAGUGAUCUCAUUGAAAAGGGAAGGAAUUUCAAGGUUGUCACAGAAGUGGCACAGAAUGGAAAUGAUUUCAUCUGGACCCAGAUCUACCCCACAGGCCAGUCCAUGACCAACAAAUUCACUAUUGGCAAGGAAGCAGACAUGGAAACAAUGGGAGGUAAAAAGUUCAAGGCAACUGUUAAAAUGGAAGAUGGGAAAGUGGUUGCUGAUUUCCCUAACUACCAUCAUACUGCAGAGAUUGCUGGUGGAAAACUAGUAGAGAUCUCUAUAGCUGGUGGUAUAACCUACAAGAGAGUCAGCAAAAAGCUGGCUUAA